GCCGGGCAGCUCUUGUUCCCAGGGCACUGUAUGACCAGUGCUACGUGGAGGAAGAUUCAAGUUGCAGACAGGUGUACGGACUAUAGACUGCUGAUAUACAGCUUUACUCACGUCUUAAAGGCGUCUCACCUGUCCUUACGCUGCCAGGAUGGCGUUGACCACGUUACCGAUCAGCCCCAGGUCCCUGUGUUUUGACAAGGACGUGUUCAUGAAGGAAAACUUUGACGUGGACCAGUUUGUUGCGGAAUGUCGGAGGCGAGUGUCGCUGGAAACCCUGCGGGAAGACCUGGAGGUGUACUACAAACUCCUGCGCAGUGCCAUGAUAGAACUCAUCAACAAGGACUACGCUGACUUUGUCAACCUCUCCACUAAUCUGGUUGGAAUGGACAAGGCCAUAAACAACUUGUCUGUACCACUGGGGCAGCUCAGGGAAGAGGUCAUGACAGUGAGAACAGCAAUGGACACAGCAGUACAGGAGAUAGAAAGCAGGCUGGCUACCAGGGCUGCUAUUAGAGACAAAAAGGCCUGCCUACAGAGGUUAAUGAACAUCACCCAUUCUGUGGAGAAGAUAGAAAAGAUACUGGACAUCCAGGACCAAGGGCAGGGGGAUGGGGAAAGGGAGUUGACAGGCCAGUUGAUCGAGAGAGUGGCUACAGAGUUCAACCAGCUGCAGUUCUACGUCACGCAGAGUAAAGGUCUGCCAUUGGUGGAGAAAAUCAGACCUAGAAUAGCAGCCAUUACGACCACCUUACAGCACAGUUUGGAGACGUCUUUCCUGGAGGGUCUGAGGACCAGUAACAGGGACAUCCUGAGGCAGUGUCUCAGGACUUACGCCACUAUAGACAAGAUCAAGGAUGCUGAGGCACUCUUCAGACAGACUAUCGUUAAACCCUUCAUGGAAGAGGUGAUAACAGAAGCAGUGCUGAUGUCCCAUCCCCAGGGGUUGAAGGGUCUGUACAGCAGGGUGUUAGACUUCAUCCCUGCACACUGUAAACCUCUCAGAGAGGUCACUACUGGUCUGGUGCCAAGCUCUGCCCAAGGUGAGGUUGUACGAGGGUAUGACUUCCUAGUGAAUGCAGUGUGGCCUGAGGUUGUAUCAGGGUUGGAGAAGAGAACACCCUCCAUCUUUGCACCUGGCAACCCCAGCAUGUUUCACCAGAAAUACUUGACAAGUAUGAACUUCCUGGAUGCCUUUGAGCUGGAGUGUGGUUCCCAGGCUAGUGUCAAAAGGCUGAGGUCCCAUCCCAGCUACAAUACCUUCAUGACAAAGUGGAGUCUCCCUGUAUACUACCAAAUAAGGUUUCAGGAGAUAGGUGGGGCUUUUGAGACAUCCCUGAUGUCCCCCUUCAACAAUGCACCAGACAAGACUCUCUUCCAACUGAACGCACCUUACACGCUGUGGCAGUGCCUGGCAAAAUGUUGGGCUCAGGACAUCUACAUAUCCCCCCUGUGCCAUCGCUUCUGGAAACUCACACUACAACUGCUGUCAAGAUACGGCACGUGGGUGAGGGAAAUUCGCGAGAAAGAAGUUCCAAAGAAGGAGACCGAGCAUACUGAACAAACUUCGGCAGGGACGACGUCCACUACCACCGCUCUUAUGGUAUACACGCCUACUGUGACAACUAUGACCACUACAUCUACAUCAGUGGCUUCCACACCAGGGCCCUCCUCACAAAGCACCACCACUAGCAGUCCACUGGUCACAAUGACUCAAAUGGUUUGUCUGGUCACAGACUCAGAUACCAUCAUAGGCAAGGUUGAAGAAUUCUUUUCCACCGUGAUCCAACCCAAAAUAGCAGCAAUUGGUGUGAAGAACACAGAUGUGCUUACAGCUGCUUUAGGAGAGUCCAGAGAACUGAUAUCCCAGGAGCUGCCAGGGUUUGGUGACUACAUCGUACAACAGAUAGCUGAACAUUGUGUGGUCAACCUGAAACCUGCCAAUGAUAUCCCCAGACUCUACAGGAGAACCAACAGAGAGAUUCCCUCCAAGGCUUCUGCCUAUGUAUCUGCCACAGUGAAACCCUUGCAGAUGUUCCUGGAGGAACAUGCAGCUAUCAUCUCUGUCACUAGGAGGAGCCAGUGGGUGGUCAGCAUUCUCAAAGUGGUUACAGAGAGGUACUACUCAGUCACAGAUGACAUCCUGACAGCAGUGAGGAAAAUGGAGGACAGUUUGAAGCGACUGAAGAAGCUUCGCAAAGGCGACAGUGGGAACUCAUCGUCCUCUGGGGGGAUGAGCGACGACGACAAGAUCAGACUUCAGUUGGUCCUGGACGUCAAGCAGUUUGGAGAAGAGAUUCAGGCCCUGUCUGUCCCCCUGGAUGCCAUCUCCACUUACCGACAGCUGUUAGAACUGGUGGAGUCAGCACAGACCAGCACUACACAGGCACAGUAGGCAACAUGCAACUAUCAGGGCAAACCUGCAGGGGAGCUUUGUGUUGUCAAGGUUUUCUUUGCUUGUUAUGUACAAGUUUUUUGGACCAGUUAUGAUUUAAAUGAAAUGAUAUUUGGGACAGUGUAAUUCAAAGAACGACACAUUAGACUAACACAAUAGAUUUAAAAUCAGGGGUUGUAGUUUCCUUUUUUAAAAAUACAGCCAUGAAUGAAGUUAUUUUGGAGUCCAUUCUGAGUUACCUCAAAAGAGGUUGAAAUGCUACAUGGAGCUCGAUAUAUUAUACAUGCAAGUCCUGGUAAAACGUUUCACAUACAUGCUGUUAGUCUAGUAAAUGAUUCAAUGCAAAAGAGGAAUCAUACUUGGUUGAACAAAGAGAAGUGGAAGAAAAUAGCUACAUCUUGUAGAUACAACAACAUUCAAGUCCAUUGUUUAGAAUAUGGUCUAUCAUGAAUUUGUUAAACAAAGCAAAGGGCAUGUUAAGUUGUGCAGUAUAGUGAUGAAAGUAUGAACUUUGUGCAAUACAUAUCAUAUAAAUGGUAUGACCAAACAGUGUUUUGAUGUGUUUGAUGUAAAUAUACAGACUCUUGCUUCAAGAGGUGGCAAUGACACUUGAGAAGCCCUCAUGUUUAC